AUGGAUUACAGGCUACGACUGCGUGUGCCGUUCGCAAGUGCCCAAGAUGCGAGCAUUGCAUUGAACACACUUGUUGUGGACAAGGAACCCAAGCCAGAUAUCUGCAGGCGAACCAUGGACGUCCAAGACAACACACUCCUCGUAACCUUUGAAGCAACGGAACUGCGAACGCUACGCGUGGCCUCAGCAUGGUUCAUGGACAUGCUGCAGCUCACAUGUGAAACCAUCGAUGCCUUCUCUCUUCCCGCGUGA